CGCCAAGCAGCCGCUGCGAUGCCAAAACACGAGUUCUCCAUAGACCCGACCUGUGAAAGCUGUCCGAAUGCUGUCACACGGGUCCUCGACAAGCUGGGAGGAGUACAGCUUGACAUCGACCUGCCCAGCAAGCAGGAAGAAGGUGCGUAUCAACUCGAACACAGUGCGGACACACUGCUGGAGAUCCUGGGCAAGACGGGGAAGGCCGCGCCCUACAUCGGCCCGAGUCACUCGGCCUGGCCACAGGGUGGACCAAAGGGGCAGGAGCUGCCGCUCACUCACCUGACUUCCUCACAGACCCAGCCGGCAUCUUGGCAGGUGACGGCAGUUUCUGCAUAGACCUGUGUGGCCCUGCGCCACCACCACCACCCCCAGCUUCCCUGCGAUAAAGAACAGCCGUUUUUGUCAGAAAAAAAAAAAACACUGGGAUGUCAAAAGUCAUGGUCCACUUUUACACAGAAAGGGGUCACAGGCAGGGUAGACAGCAUAAUGGUUAUGCAAAGAGACCCUCAUACUCGAGGCUUCAAAGUCCCAGGUUCAAUUCCCUGCACCACCAUAAGCCAGAGCUGAGUAGAGCUCUGGGUAAAAAAAAAAAAAAAGAAGAGAUAUG